CAAACCUAGUGCUGACUAGGUCGGGAUGCGUUGCCACUUGGCAAACACGUUCGCUUUUAUUUCCGUAUUGUUGAGCGAUAUAAAGGUUCGCUACAGAACCGUGGCUCUGGUCAGUGCUUUUGUAGCCUCUCUUGGACGUCAGCGAACCGGGAAGUUUCUGUGACUAGUGUUUGGUGUGAUAAGAUAGCAAGUGUUUUGUAAAGUUCAAAUCGAAAACAGAAAGAUGAAUACUAAAACAAUCGAUACAGGACCGCUCGGAGAAGGUCCACUGAAUGUGUCGGAAUUCUAUCGCGAUGCCACCGUGCUCGUUACCGGUGGCACAGGCUUUAUUGGGAAAGUGUUGGUGGAAAAGCUGCUCCGAUGUUUCGAAGUGAAGAAAAUCUUUUUGCUGAUCCGUCGUAAAGAAAAUGCAAGUGCUACGGAUCGUUUACAGCGGAUGCUGGAGGGGCCGAUAUUCGACAGGAUACGUAGUACGGUACCGGAUGCGAAGGAACGCUUCGCAAAGGUGGUAGCCGUCGACACUACAUUUGAGCGGGAAGACAUUGUCGACGAUGUGGACAAGGCGAAGCUGUGCAAUGAGGUGCAGAUCGUUUUCCACGUGAUGGCAUCGAUCCGGUUCGAUGAGGUACUGGACGAUGCGAUCGCCACCAAUGUCACCUCGGCGCAGCGUCUUUACGCGCUCGCCAGCUCAAUGGCGGAACUACGUUCGAUCGUACACGUGUCGACAUUCUACUCGAAUUGCGAUCGUAAGUACAUUGAGGAGCGAAUAUACGAUGACGUACCGUUCGGCGGUCUGGACCACAUACAGCACUUCUUCAAGAGUAUCAAGCCGGAGGAGAAGGAACGCAUGACGCGGCUAGUUCUGGGCGAAAUGCCGAACUCGUACGUUUUCAGCAAGAAGUGUGCGGAAGCGAUGAUUGGGCGGGAGUUUGGUAAUCUGCCGAUCGGUAUCUUUCGACCACCGAUCGUUAUAUCGAGCUAUCGGGAGCCCGAACCGGGUUGGGUCGACUGUUUCCACGGUGCUACCGGGCUUUGUGUGCCGAUAGUGCUCGGUAAAACCAUGUGGUACUAUGGAAAUCCGGACGUAAAACCGUUCAUGUCACCGGUCGAUCACACCGUUUCGGGAAUGUUGGCAGCGGCGUGCGAUAUUUACAGAAGGCAGUGUACGAUCUUACCGGUUCAAAAACCGGUUCCGGUGUACAACUUCACGUUCGAGAAGAACAGAUUCACCUUCGGUGAUUACGUUCAGCUCGUUACUUCUGGCUUGAGGAAUCCACUAGAUCGAUGGUUGAGUCACAUCAAAUGUCGCAUCAGUCCUUGGAAAAUAUUUCCCCGAAUCCUUCUGUGGUUGAUGACACUGCAGGCCCGUGCUGCCGAUGAAGUAAUGGGCUGGUUCGGCAAGCGUGGCAGUAACCUAAAAGUCGUUUCCGCCAUCACGAAUCUGUCCAAUGCCGUCGAGUACUUCCGAUGCAACAUGUGGACGAUGGAUAACAGCAAUGUGAGGCGAAUGCUGUCACUCCUUUCACAUGACGAUGCGCAGCACUUAGACUUUGAUGGGGAACAGAUCGAUUGGAGGGAUUACCAUAAAUCAUACGCCAAGGGAAUCGCCAUGGAGCUGAUGAGAAAGAAUCACCGCAGACAGCAGUACCGGAAAUCGUUGCUGGUGAAGCAUAAGUUUAGAUUUGACCUGGGAAUUCAAAACAUCAUGGAUACUAACGUCACGAGCACCGAAAGAUUGUAUAACUUUCUACGGAACGCGUCACGUUUGCAAGCGAUCGUUCAUGUCUCCACAUUCUACUCCAACUGCGAUCGAUCACACAUUGAAGAGUGCGUGUAUGACGACAUUCGGUUCGGUGGCUGGGAUAACAUUCGGCGAAUCAUAGAACCACUGACGGAGUCGGAAAAAAGCACACUGAUGCCAGCAUUGAUAGCACCGUUGCCUAAUAAUUAUGCGUUUAGCAAGAAGUGCGCCGAGAUAAUGAUACAGCAGCAGUUUUCCGAACUACCGAUCGGGAUCUUCCGUCCACCGAUUGUGACGCCCAGCUAUAAGGAACCCAUCCCCGGUUGGGUCGACUGUAUACAGGGCGUUACUGGACUAUGUAUCCCAAUACUGAAGCAACGGUUGCUGUGGUACUAUGGAGAGCCUACCGUAUGUCCAUCCCUAACGCCGGUGGAUUAUUGUAUCGCCGGUAUGAUUACUGCUGCCUGCGAUAUUAAGCAGCGACAUGAGGAAAAUCGUGUGCUGCAGUCAUUCGAUCGGCACGUUUCUACACCUCCGGUGUACAACUUUUGCUUCGACAAAAACCUUAUCUCAUGGCAACAGUUCAUACGCCUCGUUGGAUCUGGCUUGCCAACUGCAAGCGGACGUAAGCUUAGGAUACGCCAAGAAUACUUCGAUAUUUGGGCCGCCGCCUCAUUAGUCUAUCUCGUAAUCGACGUCGGCAAACGCAGCACAUCAGCCACCAUAGGGCCUAUCAGGGUGCAAAGGCAGGAAGCAGCAGCGGUUCGUUCGCAACUUCACAACGGACACAGCAACAUGAGCGACACCUGCGGCUCGAAGGUGAUCGAGUUCUACCAGGACUCGGUCGUCCUGAUCACCGGUGCGAGCGGUUUCCUCGGGAAGGUCCUGCUGGAAAAGCUGCUCCGAUGUUUGGACGCGCGCAAGAUAUAUGUGCUGAUACGCCGAAAGCGUGACUACAGUGCACAGAUGCGAUUAGAGCAGAUUCUCAAGUCGAUGUUAUUCGAUCGUGUGCGGAAUGAGACCAAGGCAGCGAAGGCCCUAUUUGACAAGAUCGAGGCGGUCGAGGUAAACUUCGAGCGGGAUGAUCUCGGCCUAGAGCCUGGGUUGCGCGAUCGGAUCCGGCACGAGGUGGAGGUCGCCUUCAAUCUGCUCGCCUCGGUCAACUUCAACGAAGCGCUCGAUCAGGCGCUGGAAACGAACGUCGAGUGUACGCGGCGCGUCCUCAACCUGCUCAGCGGUGCCCGGCGCAUCAAGUCCGUCAUCCACGUGUCGACGUUCUACUCGAACUGCAACCGGACGCUGAUCGAGGAAAAGAUCUACGACGACAUCGGAUUCGGCGGGUACGACAACAUCAAGAGCACGUUCGCCAAGCUCCAGGACGAUCACAAACAGUUCCUGUCGCCGGUCGUGCUCGGCACGUUCCCGAACUCGUACACGUUCAGCAAAAAGUGUGCCGAGGUGGUGGUGCGUGACAAGUUCGGCCAUCUGCCAAUCGGCAUAUUUAGACCACCGAUAGUGACCUCCAGCUACCGGGAGCCCGUACCUGGAUGGGUCGAUAACUUUAACGGACCGAGCGGUAUGGUGGUGCCACUCUCCCAGGGACUGUACAGUGCCGCCCUGCUCGAUCCCAAAAAGAAGCCGUUCAUCGUACCGGUCGACUUCUGCGUCAAUGCGCUGCUCAUGUGCGCGUACGAUGUGAGCAAAUCGAGCGUCCUUAAGAGCAUUCCCGUUUACAACUACACCGAUGACUGCAACCUCUGGACCUGGCAGCAGGUGAUCAAUGGAUUCUUUAGCGGUCUCGGACCAAUCCGGAAACUAGUGGCAAAAUACUUCACCGGCACAAUCACGGUCAACCCGGUGCGGUACGCAAUCUGCAAGCGAAUCAUGAUGUUCCAGGCGUUCUGUCUGGAUCUGAUCCGGACCUUCAGUGGAAAGGAAAAAAUAAUGCAACGAUUGUUCUCCAAGAUGGUGACGCUGAGCGAAGUGUUGCGCUUCUUCUGCCUGAACGACUGGAAGAUGACUAACGCCAACAUCCGCCGGAUCAGCGACGAGAUGUCACCGCUCGAGGCGGAACUGUUCCCGCUCGACAUCAGGAAGAUCGACUGGACCGAGUACUACCGGAACUUUGUGCCGGGCGUGAUCAAGUACGCCGUCCAGCCGCGCAGCCCGCGCAGUCCCAGCAUCAGCGAGCGGAAGCUGAAGGAGUCGAAGCUGCGGGAAACGAAAAAGCUCAACAGUGGCCUGUUCUACCUGUUGUGGAGCUCCGUGUUUAUUAUCGCGCUGAAGAUAUUCAAAAAUCUCUUCAACAAGGUGUGAAGAACUUUCCAACUCCAAGUACGCUUCCAAUUUAUUUAGGUUGAAUUUAAGACGGAAAAUGGGACACGAACACAACAGCAUCACAAAUACACUGCUACACACACACACAUACACACAGAUACACUCUUUAAAUGCUGAAAGGGAACGGGGUAUAUAGGGCAGGAUGUAUGUAGGUCCUGCACCACGGCGCAACACGCAUCAACCAGCAAGCAGCCAGAGCGAGCCGCAACAACUAUUUACUAAAACGCAUGUAACAACACGAACAAACACACAUACACAGCAUCCACAAAACGGAAACGGAAACAUCAAUAUCGCGAAAACAUCAUUUAAAGUAUAGCGUAAUAAUAACAAGAAAAAAAACAACAACUUUGCCACUAGCUACGUAGAGCUAAGAUACCUGAAGUUCAGUGACAGAUUUUUUCCAACAAAUGAUAACGAUUAAAUUAAUUAAUGAAUAAAAUAAACAUUUUGUAGGCUUUUUUGUA